AUGGUGAAAGUAGAGCAGGGAAUGGCUGAAGAACACCACACAAAGGUGGCAGAGUUUGUGCUCUUGGGAUUAGUGGACAGUCCCAGAAUGAAACCAUUUUGCUUUGUUGUGGUAUUAACAAUGUAUUUAAUCACCCUUAUUGGGAAUCUUGGGAUGAUCGUGUUAAUCAGAAUCAACCCCCAACUCCAGAAGCCCAUGUAUUUCUUCCUCAGUCAUCUGUCCUUCUUGGAUUUUGGCUAUUCAUCUGCUAUUGCUCCUAAAAUGCUGGAACAUUUUUUGGUAGAGAAUAAAACCAUUUCAUACAUAGACUGUGCCACACAAAUGUACUUCUUUGUCUUUUGUGCAAGUACUGAAUGCAUCCUACUGGCAGCAAUGGCGUAUGACCGCUAUGUGGCCAUCUGCAACCCCCUCCAUUACACUGUCACUAUGUCCCCCAAAAUAUGCUCCCUGAUGGUGGCUGGGUGCUACUUUGUUGGUUUCAUCAAUGCCUUGACACAAACAAUCUCCACCUUUAUGCUAUCUUUUUGUGGUUCUCAUGUUGUCAACCACUUCUUUUGUGAUGUCCCCCCUUUGUUAGCGCUUUCCUGCACUGACACAGGCAUCAAUGAAAUGGUGCUCUUUGCAUUUGCCACAAUCCUGGGCAUUUUCACUUCAGCAGAAAUUGUGGUGUCCUACACAUACAUCCUGUCUGCAAUCAUGCGGAUCCAUUCACCGGAAGGGAAACAAAAGGCUUUUUCCACCUGUGCUUCACACCUGCUGACUGUUGCGAUCUUCUACGGAACAACAGUCUUCAUGUACCUACGACCGAGCUCCACCUAUUCCAUGGACCAAGACAAAUGGGCUUCCGUGUUUUACACUGUGGUGAUUCCCAUGCUGAACCCCUUGAUCUACAGCCUGAGGAACAAGGAGGUGAAAAAUGCCUUGAGAAGGAUUUUGGUUGGCAGUUGGAUGAACAAGGUAUAA